AUGGCGGCGUUGGGAGCGCUAGCAACCCGGGGAGCGGCCGUCGCCGCGAAUGGCGCUCUCAUCACGUGCACCGCGCGGCGACAAGCAGUCGCUGGCCUCGUCACCCGUCGCACCCAGUCGCCAGGCUUGUCGCUACGUCGCCAACCUCACUGCUCAAAUCAACGACCAGAAGCGCCAUUCCACGAGUACCUGGAGAACCCCAACCGUGUCUUUGACGCAUUCUUCCCGGACAAGCAGCGCUCAGAAAAGCUCUCCGAGGACGAGUGGCGAAUCCACAUGCUGCCAAUCACCUUCUUCCUCGUCACAGCGCGCCCAAUAGUGGACAUGCGAAUUUUUCUCGACAGCCCCUCCCUGCUGCUGGAUAGGGUUCGAGAUGCCUCCUCUGUGAAACACGUCAUGCGCCUGCAAGCGACCAACUGGGAGCUCAAAGGAGUGGACUACGACCCUGCCAACUUCUCUCUUGACGUGCGCGGAUCUCUUUUCGCCCAGUCUGCCGCCCGACCGAACCAGCCCGCUGUUACCACCAGCUACGCCAGCAGCAGCAGGCAAGCGCAGGGGAACGGCUCUAGCUUCAGCUUCAGCAGCAGCAGCAGUAGCAGUGCUGUUGGUGGUAACACUGUGACCGCUUACAGCAGCACCAGCAGAACUGGCAGCAGCAGCAGCAGUAGCAGCAGCAUGAGCUACGGUGGCCUGCAGAGUGCUGGCCGGAGUAUGCUGCAAGGGCAGAUGGCGGUGACGGUGGGCAUGCAGGUGCCGCCCAACCUCUUCCUCGUGCCUCGGCAGUCCAUUGAGGCUGUUGGCAGCGCGGUGUUACAGCAGCUGCUGGCAUCAAUGAAGGACCGGGUGAACAACCGAGUGCUCAGCGACUAUGCCAAGUUCUCUGCCGAGCGCGCCCGCUCUGCUGCCACCUCAAGGCAGCUCCCCAACUCCAAGGCCUAA